GUCCAGUGCGUGUGCUGGCUGGCUGUCUGUCGGCCCACCCGCUGCGUAAAACCGCUCUGGGGAGCAUCGAGCAAGCCCAACGCAGCACCGACACGCCCGCUCGGUCUCAGCUCGACCGCGUGCGCCUGCGGCAACGUCACGCAGCGCUCUUUUGCCGGCGCUCGGCCCAAACGCCCGCCGCCGCGGGUCGCCGUGGCCGUCCGUUCCGUCGAGGUACGCCCGCGCGCCGCGCAGCCCAAGAAAACGCAACCAACCAUGCCGCCGCGCCGCAAGAAGGACCCGCCGUCCUUCAAGCCGAGCGCGGAGACGCUCAAGAACUUCCAGAUGCCCGAGGAGACGCCGCAGCUCGAGCUCCUGCCGAGCGGGCCCAAGGGCGACAUCCCCUCGACGUACACGGGCGAGUGUCGCGCGUUGAACCAGCCCGCGGUCCUCCCGCCGCCGCCGCCGCCCUCGCGGAAGGAGGAGCGGCCCUCGGCGUCGCGCUUCUGGACGUCCUUCGCGGCGGCCGCCGCGCGCGCGACCAAAAAGAAGUCCGGCGACGCCCAGCACUGGGCGCCCGCGCGGCCGCCGCCGCCGCCGCCUGACCGGCGCGCGGGCCAGGCCAAGAAGAAGUCGCCCAAGGGCCGGCCCAAGGUCAAGCGGGGUUUAUCUGAUGAGGGUCGCACGGUCUUCGCCGACGCGACGACGCGCAACUCCGACGAGCUGCCGCCAUCAGCGUUCCCGGCCGGCAGCGACUUCGCGGCGGCGGCGGCCGCCGCGGCCGCGUCGCGGGACUCCUUCCCGCCGCGCUUCAGCUGGGACGACCCGGCCGCGCGUUCGUCCUCGAAGAGCGUCCUGAGCGACGCCGGCUCGGUCGGCGCGCGACACAGCCUCGCGCAGCAGGAGUCGCCGCGCCACUCGCGCAACUGGCAGCAGUACCACGCGCCCGUCGACGGCGACCCGCUCGAGGUGCCCGCGAACUUCAGCUGGGCGGACGGCAUGGCCCUCGGGAGCUUUGCUGAUGAUGACGGCAUUGACCUCGGGCCGCUCGACCUGUCCAACUGAGCGGGGGAGGACUCUGUGUAAUACGUAAAAAUUA